AUGGGGCCUGUACGGCAGCUGUCAACGCAGCACGGCCCCUUGGCCAUAACUACAGCUCCCACCAACCGAGGUCUCCCGGCUGCAUCUCCCGCCCUACAGCGAGCUGUCGGAACGCGCUGCAAGCCGGCACCUGCGGCGUCCAGGCGGCGUCUGCCUGGAGGAAAACGGGGGAGCCCCCACGCGACCCUGGGGGGCCGCGAUGCGCGGGGUUCACGCGCGCGGCUCGCAGCACCCGCCCCGGGUUCCCGGGACAGCAGGUCAGGGCCCGGGCAGGCUCCGCCGGCGCAGGGCUCGCGGGGCUGGCAGCUCAAGGUCACCCCGUGCACCCCGACAGCUCCCUGGGUUCACUUCCCGCACCGGCCACGUGCUCGGCUCCACGCGGCCCGGGCCGUCCCACGGGGCCCCCCCGCGCCCUGUGAGGAUGAGCGGGUGGCGACGGGGUUCCGGGAGGCCUCCGGGGGCGGAAGCAGGGUGCGGGGCGCAGAGCGGCGGUGGGGGCCGCCGCCCCCGAGGAAGCAGGGGGCGCGCCGGGGUCGGCCCUCCGCACGCAGCAGCGCCCAGCCCCAGCCCAGCCCCAGCCCCAGCCCCAGCCCGCUGCACCUGCAGCCCGCGGCCCGCUCCAGCCCGCCGCCCCCGCUGCAGCCGCCGCCGGGCCGCAGCGCGGGAGGCCGCCCCGAGGCCCGGGCACGCGAGCGUGGCGCGUCACUCACUCGGGCCCCCGCUCCGGCCGCCGCCGCCGUCCCCGGACGAAGCUGA